AGGUAUGAAAGAAUUUGUUUUAUCGGAGAGGGUACUUUCGGUAUUGUUUACAAGUGUAAAGAUCUUGAAACAAAUCAAACAGUAGCCAUCAAAAAGAUAAAGCUCGGAUCACUUUCAUCUGAUUCUGCCCGAGGUAUUGAAGAAGGUGUUUCAUUUUCUGCUAUCCGUGAAGUUAAAUCACUCCAAGAAAUUAAACAUCAAAAUAUUUUAAAUUUAUUGGAUGUAUUUGUGAAUAAGAAGAAUAUUAAUUUAGUUUUUGAAUAUUGUGGCUUUGGCGAUCUGGAACAAGUUAUAAAGGAAAAGACUAUAGUUUUACAUGAAACUGACAUUAAACAAUAUAUGAAAAUGAUUUUGGAAGCAGUAGACUAUUGUCACAAAAAUUGGGUACUCCACCGUGACUUGAAACCUUCCAAUCUAUUCUUGUGGAAAAACGAAGAAACCAAUGAAGUAGAGCUAAAGCUUGCUGACUUUGGUCUUGCUAAAAUAUAUGGCUCACCAGAUAAGAGAUACUCUCCACAAUGUGUUACCAGAUGGUACAGAGCUCCAGAAUUAUUAUUUGGAGCUGAGUUAUAUGGUCCAAGUGUGGACAUGUGGAGUAUUGGGUGCAUAUUUGCUGAGCUCAUGUUACGUGCUCCUCUUUUCCCUGGAGAUUCUGAUAUUGAUCAAUUGGGAAAGAUAUUUGCUUGUUUGGGAACACCUUCUGAGGAAGAAUGGCCUGGAAUGAAAUUAUUACCUAAUUAUAUUGAAUUUGAGCCAUUCCAAAAGACUGAAUUCCAUGCUCUCUUUACUGCUGCCAGUCGUGAUGCUAUUGAUUUAAUUAGUAAGAUGCUUGUUUUUGAUCCAAAGAAGAGAAUCACAGCUGAACAAGCUCUUAAUCAUCCUUACUUUACUCGUGGUGUUCAACCAACUCCUAAACUUAACCUUCCUGUUCCAAAGAGAAAACAUGCCAUGGAUUCUUAUCAACGUCUUGCAAUCAACCAUGACGAACAAGAG